AUGCAGGGAGGAGAGAAAAGGGCGACGCGGGCGGCCCGGGGCGGCGAGGAGGCAGGAGAACUCGACGGAGCGCACGGCCGGAGCGCCGGCGACGCAGCAGGCAAAGGGCGGCCCGAGCAACGGGCGAGGGAGGAGAGGGCCGACCAGGGGGGGACGGGGGGACGGAGAAGGAGGGGGCGAGGCCGGAGAGGGAGCCGGAGAAACGGCGACCACAGCCAAGGAAGGCAGCAGGGCGCGCAAAGGACCCAAGCCGGACACGGGGAGGGAGGGACAAGAAAGAACAAGACCGGGCGCGAGCGAGGCGGGAAGGGGAAGGAGGACAAGCGAAAGCCCGGAACGAGGAGCCAGGGAGGGCAAGGCGGGGGCCAGCAGCGCGGGAAGGCCAGCGCCAAGAGCGGAGAGGGAAGGGGGGCAGGGAAAAAGCGCGGGGACGGGGGAGGGGCCGGCCGGGCCGCCCCACGGGGGGGCACCGGGCGGCGCGGCCCGGCGGCGGCGAGGCGCGCCGGGCCGGAAGGGGCCGGGCGGGCCGCCGGCGCGGGGACGGGAAGAAAGGAGAGGCGCAAAGCAAGCCGACGCGCGGGAGACAGGAGCAGGGAGAACAGGAGAGGAGGGCGGGCCGAGGACGGGGGCCGGCGGGAGCGGGAGGAAGAGGAACAGGGACAGGCGGGGCAGGCGGAGGGCAGAGGCAGAGGGGGAAAGGCGGGGAGGGAGGAAAGACGAACAACGGCGAAAGCAGGGGCCAAGGAGGGGGGCAGGAAGCAAGAACGAAAGGGGGGGGCGCGAAGACGAGCAGAGACCGGCCGAGGCGCAACCAGAAACGAGGCCGACCAGGGAGCGGCGGAGGGGGCGGGGAGGACGCCGCCGGCACCGGAGGAGAAAGCAAAG